AAGUAUCCAAACUAUAAUAUGCGUACAUAACAUCCAUCAGAAUAUAAUAGACAUAUAAUUCGGUGUAAAGUUAAAUAAAAUAUUUGAUUGCAAUUGUAAUGUUUUUUCAAAUAGUAACAGUUUUUUAAGAAAAAUUCUGUUAAUUGAAACAGCAAUCUGUAAUUGUAGUGACAUCUAUUACCUUUUAUGGAGAUAGAAAAUGUUUAUCUACCACAAAAAAUUUGAACAAAGUCAACAAUGCCAGUUAUAAAAAACUGGUAAAAUAACAGUAAAAUAAAAGCCUACAAAUUGAAUACAUAAAUUAAUAGAAUUCCUCCAGUAAACCCUUUCAUGUUUACCUGUAAUUUGACGUUCUGUUACAACAACGCAUGCAAUUUUUUUAUUGUUAGAUGAAUAUUUAACAAUUGUCUCGUUUUCUAAAUAACUAAUUAUUAUAAUUACACCUAAAGCAGAAUCCUACGAAAUACACAUUUCAUAUAUAUACAUAUAUAUUAGGGUUUUGGAGAUUAUUAUAAAAAAUCUUACUCUUUACAAGUUUUUUGGACAAAACACAAAAUUAAACAGGUUAUGGAUAUAUGCCUCCAAAGGGACGCGGAACAAACGUGCGCACCACACUGUACACCCCAAGUUUAUCGACUUUUGCAAAAAACUCUGAAAUUGUGCGCAAUGACUUACGUACAGACUGUUGCCUCAGUUAAAUUUCAACAGUGUUACUACUGGUACUAAAUUUUCACUAAGAGUUUCAAAGAAAAACUGCUAUAAGGUAACUUUAUAUGGAAAUGAAUUCGAAUCAAACAAUAUUUAUCAACUCUUUAACAACAAGUAAAAAAAAUUUCAAUGACCACAAGUUAGAAAGAAAACUUGCCGUUUGAAAUGCACCUAAUGAAGAAAGCGACCAAGAAAGCUGAAACAAAGCUAUAGCACCUUCACUCCUCAAUUAAAGCAAUGGUUAGUUAGAAAAACAGAGUUAAACAAGUAGUUUAAACUAAUUAAAUAUUACAAUACUAACAAAAGUAGUACCUUUUAAUAAAAUAAAGCAAAUAAAACUAAGUAGACGACGUACUACAUUACUAGAAAAGUUAAAAUAAAAGGACAAAAUACUUGAGAAUUCAGAGUUCCUCUAGCGUGUUAUAACAUCUUAGACCAUAUUAAGUCAACACUGUAAAAGUAGACAAGCGGCUUUGUUUAAAGGCAAUAAAACCUCCAAAACCUCACAUUUUUAAGUAACACAAUUUUAUCAACGACAUAUGCACGAGAAGAACAAGAAUUCAGGGAGGUGAUGGUCUAACUUAAAGAAUAGCGUGUGAAGACAAUUAACUCCACGCAAGUCUUUUCCAAAAAAAAGCACUAGAAAUUGUUAAAGCACCAAAGACGUACCGCAAGACCAUCAAACUGAAGGACUAUCAAGAGUACGACCUCCUCAUCGUCGACCACGACGGUGUCAUGGAUGCAGCAAACACUGAAACUGACGACGAUUCCGGAUGGAAUUGCAGUGUUCACCCGAGUGUGUUCUUCUUGCUUGGAACACUUGUGCUUACAAUAUGCGCAACAGGUAUGUUAUGCGCUUCCAUAAUGACUGAUCAUUGGGAAGAAGUUACUUGGAGUCAAGACAAGUUGGAAAACUUUACAAACGUAUCACUCAAGCUUCAAUGGCUUUUAGAAAGAAAAGUAGCUAAAAUAACUGGUCUUGAUGAGAGGAAACCAUUAGCUUUUCUGGUUCCCAUGCAUGGAGGAAUAUGGACGCUGUGUUUAAGUUUAACCGAUGAAGAAAUAUUUCUGCUUGACGGAGUAAAAUUCCCUAGAAUACCUCCCUGUGUCAAUUAUUUAGCUGGCAAUGAUCGAAUUAGAGCUAAUUACGACAGAAAAAAUGACUGGCAACAUAGUAAGUAUAGUGGGGAUGUUGAUCACGUCAGACAAUUUCGAAUGCAAAAUCUGUCAAUUUCCUGCGCCUUGGUAUGUCUUAUAAUACUAGGAAGUGCAGCUUUGGUUGGUGCUUUUGGAGUUUGCCAGCAUCAAAUUAGUGCCGUCCUAGUUACUGGGGUCAUGUACCUUUUAGCAGCUUCCUUCGCAAUUUUCACGUUGAUGAUAAUCCAUUUAAAGAGACUGCAUACUAAGCCUAGUAGGGAUUUAGAUCUGGUGGGUGGAGUUGACGGGGUAGUGUCUCUUCCUGGAAUACACUACCCCCGCGAGAUUCUCACUGCCCGCAUAUUCACCACGUCAUGGUCUUUAGACCUCGGAUGGGGUGGAGUAACAUUGUGUGUAAUGACCUCUGUGCUAUGGAUAUUACUUUCUAAGAUAAUGAGGUUCAAUCCCAUAUCAAGUAUGAUAAAUUAACUUGAUGGAAGUUUUUAUUACAAAUAUGUUAAAAGGUACUAAAUAUAUUUUUUUAUAUUUAAGUACGGCUGCUACCUAUUACAAAGGUAAAAAUAAUAUCGAAACGAACUGUUAAUGAUUGCAUUUAAAAUAGGACAAACGCAACAAGCUUUCGAGUUUACACAGCUUUUAAAGAUUUUUCAAGAUGCAAUAUAGAUAUACCGUCCAGUUUGCAUCUUUGUUGUACUAGCUUCUUGAAUUUUUAAUAAAGCUUUACUUAUUUA